AUGUCGGUGAGAUGCAAGGUUGAAGGUUGCCUAUGGAAGAUAUGUGCAAAUACAGUGGGGAAGAAGACUUCUUUCCUACGCGUGAUGACAUUUGUAAAUGAACAUGUGCAUAGUGAGCAAGACAAUCUCCAAGUCAACCAUGGUGGAAGAUCUAGUUUGAUAUCAGUAAUUAUAAUUGAUGAGGUAAGGAAUCACAUAGACAAACGGCCUACUAAAAUAAUGACAAUGUUGAAGAGAGACUAUGGAGUGAAUCUAAUAUACAAGCAAGCAUAUAGAGCUAAGGAAAAAGCAAUGGAGGAAAUACAAGGCAGACCUGAGCAAUCUUACAUGCUAAUACCUUGGAUUUGUCAAAGACUAAAGGAAAGUGAUGAAAAAACUGUUGCUGAAUGGGUUGCUACUGGGAAUAACAUAUUUGAGCGAGUUUUCGUAGCUUAUGGGUGUUGUAUAGAGGGUUUCUUAACUGGUGGUAGGCAUAUACUGUAUAUAGAUGGAACUCACCUAAGUAGACCGUAUAAGGGAACAUUGCUGUCAGCAUCGGCUUAUGAUGCGGACAAUAAAUUAUUACUAUUUGCAAUUGCCAUUGUGAAGGGGGAAACAUAUGAGGAUUGGUCAUGGUUUCUGAAUAUGAUUAAAAAUAUCAUUGGCUCUAGAUAG